UUCUGACAUUAAUUUGUUUUUGUGGCUUCCAGGCAGAAAGAUAUCUUUUUUUGUUGCAAAACUUUCGAACGGAAAACUGGACUUCAGGACACUGUAUAACAUAGGGUCACAAUUCUGAUCCCGAUUCUGAUUUUAAAGCUAGUGAACCGGUGAAACAAUGAACGCAACUGGACGAUUUGAACUGCUACAGGAUUAUGAUAGCUACUGUCCAGAUACUCUAGAUCUUACCACAGAUGCGGAAGCGAGAGAAUAUUGGUUUGCCUGCUUUGUCCGACUUGUGGCGAAAUUCGAGCAACAAGCGGCCAAAAGCCAGAAAUCAGACCCAACAUCAACGGAGCGGGCAGCCAAAUUCCGAAAGCAUUAUUUGGACCAGCUUGAAGCACUGAAAAACGGCGAUACUAGUCUCAACCAUGUUUUAUCCAUAAGGGUACUGUUGGAGCUAAAUGAAUCAUCAUUACGGGCAUAUGGUUUCGAUGACCCAUGGAAGGAGCAGAAAAAGAUAGAAAAUGAUGCAUCCAUUCGACAGCUGAGCGCCCGUCUCCAACAGAUAGACGAGCUUAAAGGUUCCAACGAUAAAUGGAUAGAAAUAGUCAAAGGAGUGCUGGCUGGUAACAUGUUUGAUUGGGGAGCACAAGCUGUGUCCCAGAUUCUCGAAAGUGAUUCGAACUUCGGCCUGCAUGAAGCAUUGGAACGUAUCCAGAAAAGACCCUGGCUGGUUGAUUGUCUGGACGAAUGGAUAGUAAGAAUGCAAAAUUCUUCACACAAGUGUGCGACUAUUUUUACAGAUAACUCAGGAAUAGACAUAGUAUUAGGAAUCAUACCGUUGGCGCGCGAACUGUUGCUACGCAAAACGAAGGUUUAUCUUUGCGCCAAUACGCAACCUGCUCUAAACGAUAUUACGUACAGAGAGUUGCAAGAAGUUGUUAAGAAAUGUUGUGCUGAAUGCAAUGUUCUGAACGAGGCUUUCAACACCGGUAUGCUGGAAAUACUCGGCAAUGAACAGAACGGACCGUGUCUUGAUUUCCGCGAUAUUACUCCAGAACUAUGUGAAAUGAUCAACGUGAGUGACCUGAUCAUAAUCGUUGGGAUGGCUAGAGCUCUACACACAAAUCUGAAUGCCAAGUUUUCCUGUGAAGCGCUGAAGCUGGCAGUUGUUAAAAACGAAUGGCUUGCUAAACGCCUGGGUGGUGAAACCUUUUCCGUAAUUUGUAAAUAUGAAAACAUAUGAUAUUAGAUGAAAACUGCGUAUUUUCGAAGAAUCCGAUAAACGAGUUGAUAUGCCCUUUCA